CGGCCAGCAAAUGAAUCCAUGGUACAAUAGACUCUGGUUACAAGAAAAAAAGCUAAAAAUAUCUGGGCAUGUACUUUCAAUGUAGCUAAGAGUAUGAGAAAGAAUUAGGGAUGAUCUACACUCAGUGGUGAAAGCUACAUAGCAAACAGUUUUACUGUAUCAAGGACCGGUAAAUGACUGUAAGACUCAGCGGUGAAGUCCCUACGUCUGUGAAAGCGUGGUCACGUGCCAACUCUCCGCUCCCCACAAAAAAAAAACACUGGCAAGAGGUAUUACUAUCCCUCUCUCGAUGAAUUUCGGCUGCAGAAAGAGGGAUGAAGUCCAUGCAGAGAAGGAUAUCACCAAAAUGGCAAGACUGGAACCCUCUGGGGCUUCAGAGUACCCUGGCACGCUGGAGAUCACGUGCAUGUCCUCUGCCUCUGCAAUCGUACACUCUUUCUGCGAUGUGCUACAAACCUUAUGUCGUGUACCUGUACGUCAGACUCGUAUUGCCCUUUGCGAGAGCGAGCCUGUCCUCCUCUUCCUUCUGCUCGGGACUCAAUGCAGCGUACUCCUCUUCGUGUCUGCGAUUGAGGUACCGGUAGUGGUACUUCUGCGCGAUCCUGAGGAAAGUGGCAAAUGCCGCAAAGGCGAUGUUGAUGGAGUUGCCUGUCUUGAA